GCGGCGGGACGCGCCCAUUGCUGAUCAGCAUGUCUCGCAAUUUAUUUAUCGUACUCACUUGCCUUUCUCCAAACGCGCCUUUUUCCUGUUUCCAUCGGCUCGUACGACCCCAAGCACUGCUUAUCAUCGACUAUGAGCCUCUGAGGCUGUGAGCUCGAUCCCCCCGGCGCUGAGCAUCAUGCGAGUCACUCCCUGCGGCCCAUCCUCCGCCUCGUCAUCGGCGGCGCGCAUCCCGUCACCCCCUUCCCCCUCCUCGACUCGGGAUGCCGCGGGAGCACAGUUGGACAGCAUCCGCCCGGCUCCCGCGCCCUCAUCCUCGACACCCCCCUGUCCCCCGUCUGAACCUACUUUGACACCUAAUGCGGCGGACGUGUCUCUGCCCGCCAUGUCUUCCCCCUCGUCGCCCCAGUCGAUGAGGCCAAAGGACACGACGGCUCUGACCCUCAGGACUACGGCCCCGCCACAAUCACUCUAUGUGUCUGCUUUCUUACUCGGCGGGAUGGGCGUCUUGCUGAGCGUCUUCACUUGGCUCCUCGCCAAUGUCGUCCCACCCGCCCAAGGCGACGCUCAGGCCCGCGCCGAGCACGCUCAGCGUCGCGUCGAGGGUGCCGUCAAGCGCGCCCGCCGCAGCUCUGCGCCAGUAACCCCGUCUCACAUGCACACUCGCCCCCGCAAGCGGACUACCGCUCCCCCUGCUCCGAUCAUGGUUCCGCCACAAUCGCCCCAGGAUCGGCAUGUUGUCUUUGUGGACGGCCCCGAGACGCCCACGCCCACCGCACGUCGUGAACCGAGUCCCCGCAGCUCGCUCUCCGACUCGUCUACGCUCGUCAAUCACAUCAAUUUGACACUGGAAGAGGGUGAGGCGGACCAGCAGACUCCCACUGACUCCAAGUCGGCCAAGUCUCCUGCGUCUCGCUUCAAGUUCCCCACCCCCUCCUACUGCAAGGCGCCAGAGGCCCGGUCUUCGUCAUCAUCACUUGAAUCCGGCAAGCCUGUGCCAGCUCACCUGAAGCGCUCGUCAUACUUGUCCUCCAUCUCACCGCGCCUGUCUCGCUUCGGGAAGAAGGUUAAGCGCGCGUCUACCGGCUCAGCUCAGUCGUCUAUAGCAUCUUCAGACAGCGACAAUGACCCCCUAAAGCCAUUGCGUCGCACGAGCAUCAAGCUUCCCGCGCCUGGCUGGUCUCGCGCCUUCGGUUGGCCGACGUCGACGAGCCCGGUCGCCGUAUCUGCGCCGUCGACUCCUGCCGGUGAUGGGCGGCAAACCUUUUUCGGCCCGGGAUCUGCUACACCCAGUCGUAACUCGUCUUUGACUCGCGGGCGCCGGACGCAAGUCGGCGAGAUGUCUUCCAACCGCGCAGCGUCUUCGUACAUCCCCUCGCCGAUGUCGGAGACGUUCCCAUCGGUACCGUCCUCCAGCCGUCCAGCGCCCACGCGCUCGUCCUCCGUCUGCGCAUGCCACUUCCGCAAGCGCGCGCAGGAGGACACGGAGAAGGCGGACAAGCCGAGCGAAGUGAAGACGGAGAAGGUGGCGAAGGACGCAUCAAAACCGCGGAAGGAGUCGAAGUUGGGCAAGUGCUGCAAGAUCAAGGAGCGGCGGCGACAGUCUGCGCCCGUGCCCGUACCGCGGACGCAGCCGUAUGCAUAUCCUUACUUUGCGGCGCCGCCUGUGGUUAAGGAGAGGCGGCCGGUGACGGCGGUUCCGGCGAGGAGCGAGUCGUUGACGCCGUUGGCGAAGGCGAGCUCGCCGGCCACGCCGAAAGCCAGCGUGCCCCCGGCUCGCAGCGAGACGCUGCCGGGCAUGUCGAAGACUGCGUCAGGCCCGCCGCGGGCUAUCGCGACAACGACAGCAACGCGGAAACGGACGUUGUCGUCGCCGACGAAGCCUGAUUUGGCUGCCUUGGUUGAGGCGCCUGCGGGGCAUCGGGUGCAGCGGCCCUCGACCGCGGAUGGGACGAACAUGGCGGAAUUCGGGGUGCUGCCGGCGCGCGAGGCGGCCACUACCACUGGUAGUCGGCCUUGCGCGCUGCGCCUCCCGAGCUUGCGGGCUUGGGCCAUGGGCCCUGUCGCGACCGCCAGCACAUAGACGCGAUCGCCCACGCCAUCCUCCUACUCCCUUGCUAUCCUCCUAACCGCAUCCCAAACACAUACACCAUCGUCAUCCUCAUUGUCCUCACCCCUCGCAUCUCAUCACCCUGCAUAUCUAUCCACCUUUGCUCGCAUAUUCGCAUCCAGCUCAUCUCGUCUUCCACUAUCUUAUCUGUACUAUUCCUCAUCCUAUUCUCGCUGCAUCCGCCGCACGCUCGCUAUCAGUUUCCCGUGGCAGAUGCUUGGCUCGCUACUAUGUCGUCGUGCACUUGCUGCUUGCCAUGAUGCCGUCGCGCGCUCGAGCUCUGCUUGUCGGUAACUAUCAUAGAAUCUUCAAGGGGUGCUUCCAGUGUACUAGUACUUGUCGGUAGCCGUAAACCAUGUCACGAAUUGCAUGAAUGUUUGUCAAUGAGCUGUAGUUGCC